AUGUGGAUAGUGAUAUCUCGUGUUUGCACAUAUUAUAGUAAGUUUGCAGCAGUUGGCUUGUGGCAUGACAACAGUGUCAACAUAUAUUCACUUCCUGGAUUGAAUUUGGUUGGAAAGGAAAUUUUAGGCGGGAUAGAGUCACUUCCUCAUUCUGUGCUAAUGUGUUCCUUCAACAGAAGAUGUUAUUUGUUUUGUGGCCUGGCUAAUGGCCAUCUCAUGCAUUUUGAAUUGAACAUGGUUACUGGUCAGCUGAAAGGUGGUGAGUUGUUAGGCAAGAAAAAGCUUUCUCUUGGGACCCAACCCGUAACACUUUGUGCUUUCUUAUCUAAUGAAGCUACGCACAUUUUUGCUGCCUCCAACACUUCAAUGGUUAUCUAUAACAGCAAUAAGAAGAUAUUUUGUUGUGAAGUGAAUAACUUGAAUGAUGUUACCGUGUUGAAGCUUUUCCAAAUAGCUUUGCAAUUGCUAAAGGAUAAAGGAGAUCAGUUGGUAAUAUGCAAUAUUGAUGAAAGACAAAAGCUUCACAUCAUUCAUUCAGAACACCUUGGGGAGCGUGUUGUCACGGACUUCUUAUUCAUUAUUCUUGCAAGGUCUUGUAAGCUCAACUGUUCAUUUUCUGAGGACGAUCAUGUGUAUUAUUGGGUUGGGACUGCUUAUUUGAAGCUGGACGCAAAUGAAUGUACCAAGUUUUACAAGUUGUACAGGGUAGCGAACUCCAUGCUAGUUGCAGAGAUGGAAACUGAUGGAACUGUCUACUGCCUGAAUGCCUUCACUGGUAAGCUUCUUGCUGCGAUCAAUCAGAAUAUCAAGUUGUACAAGUGGACAUCCCUUAAGAAUUGCCGAGGCCGAGAAUUGAAGCCUGGAUGUCUAUAUCGGGGUAGUGUCCUGUCUCGUUUUAUUCAAACGCAUGGUGAUGCGAUGAGGUCUAUAUCUCUCCUGCGUUUGAAGGUACUCGUUGUAACUAUAUAUCUUAAAAAAUAA